AUGAAGUUCACCACUUGCCUCAUUGUCGCUGCUUCGGCCGCGACUCUUGUCGCUGCAGCUCCGGUACCCGUAAGCGUGUUUGAGUCUUCGCUGAGCCUAUUUCGACUUGCUGACAUCUACAGAUUGGUGCCAAGAGAACCGCAGAGCCACAGUUUUCUGAUUCUUCCUCAAUAGCCGUGAGUACUCCCAAAUUCCCGUCACUUCACACCUUGUGCACGCCUUGUGUCAAUGCUGAGCAUCCCUCUAGAACGGGCCUGUGCAAGUGAGAGAAGCAGAGGCUAUUGUUCCCGCCAAUGGCAACGGGCCGAUUUGCAAAGAGACAUCACCCGGUCAUUACAUUUGCAUCUGA